AUGGAGUGUGAGCAGCCCUUUUCAGUCCCCUCUUCCCCGUCCCAUCCCCCUGUCCUGCUGUCCUCUUCCCCGUCCCAUCCCCCUGUCCUGCUGUCCUCUUCCCCGUCCCAUCCCCCUGUCCUGCUGUCCUCUUCCCCGUCUCAUCCCCCUGUCCUGCUGUCCUCUUCCCCGUCCCAUAUCCCUGUCCUGCUGUCCUCUUCACCGUCCCAUCCCCCUGUCCUGCUGUCCUCUUCCCCGUCCCAUCCCCCUGGUCUGCUGUCCUCUUCCCCGUCCCAUCCCCCUGUCCUGCUGUCCUCUUCCCCGUCCCAUCCCCAUGCUCUGCUGUCCUCUUCCCCGUCCCAUCCCCCUGUCCUGCUGUCCUCUUCACCGUCCCAUCCCCCUGUCCUGCUGUCCUCUUCCCCGUCCCAUCCCCCUGUCCUGCUGUCCUCUUCCCCGUCUCAUCCCCCUGUCCUGCUGUCCUCUUCCCCGUCCCAUAUCCCUGUCCUGCUGUCCUCUUCACCGUCCCAUCCCCCUGUCCUGCUGUCCUCUUCCCCGUCCCAUCCCCCUGGUCUGCUGUCCUCUUCCCCGUCCCAUCCCCCUGUCCUGCUGUCCUCUUCCCCGUCCCAUCCCCAUGCUCUGCUGUCCUCUUCCCCGUCCCAUCCCCCUGUCCUGCUGUCCUCUUCCCCGUCCCAUCCCCCUGUCCUGCUGUCCUCUUCCCCGUCCCAUCACCCUGUCCUGCUGUCCUCUUCACCGUCCCAUCCCCCUGGUCUGCUGUCCUCUUCCCCGUCCCAUCCCCCUAGCAUGCUGUCCUCUUCACCGUCCCAUCCCCCUGGUCUGCUGUCCUCUUCCCCGUCCCAUCCUCCUAGCCUGCUGUCCUCUUCCCCGUCCCAUCCCCCUAGCCUGCUGUCCUCUUCCCCGUCCCAUCCCCCUGGUCUGCUGUCCCCUUCCUCUUCCCCGUCCCAUCCCCCUAGCCUGCUGUCCUCCUCCCCGUCCCAUCCCCCUUGCCUGCUGUCCUCUUCCCCGUCUCAUCCCCCUGUCCUGCUGUCCUCUUCCCCGUCCCAUCCCCCUAGCCUGCUGUCCUCCUCCCCGUCCCAUCCCCCUAGCCUGCUGUCCUCUUCACCGUCCCAUCCCCAUGCUCUGCUGUCCUCUUCCCCGUCCAAUCCCCUGGUCUGCUGUCCUCUUCCCUGUCCCAUCCCCCCGGGUCUGCUGUCCUCUUCCCCGUCCCAUCCCCAUGCUCUGCUGUCCUCUUCCCCGUCCAAUCCCCCUGGUCUGCUGUCCUCUUCCCCAUCCGAUCCCCCUGUCCUGCUCCUGCUGUCCUCUUCCCCAUCCCAUCCCCCUGUCCUGCUGUCCUCUUCCCCGUCCCAUCCCCCUAACCUGCUGUCCUCUUCCCCUUCCCAUCCCCCUAGCCUGCUGUCCUCUUCCCUAUCCCAUCCCCCUGUCCUGCUGUCCUCUUCCCCGUCCCAUCCCCCUAACCUGCUGUCCUCUUCCCCUUCCCAUCCCCCUAGCCUGCUGUCCUCUUCCCUAUCCCAUCCCCCUGUCCUGCUGUCCUCUUCCCCGUCCCAUCCCCCUGUGUUGCUGUCCUCUUCCCCGUCCCAUCCCCCUAGCCUGCUGUCCUCUUCCCCAUCUCAUCCCCCUAGUCUGCUGUCCUCUUCCCCAUCCCAUCCCCCUGUCCUGCUGUCCUCUUCCCCGUCCCAUCCCCCUAGCCUGCUGUCCUCUUCCCCAUCUCAUCCCCCUAGCCUGCUGUCCUCUUCCCUAUCCCAUCCCCCUGUCCUGCUGUCCUCAUCCCCGUCCCAUCCCCCUGUGUUGCUGUCCUCUUCCCCGUCCCAUCCCCCUAGCCUGCUGUCCUCUUCCCCAUCUCAUCCCCCUAGUCUGCUGUCCUCUUCCCCAUCCCAUCCCCCUAGUCUGCUGUCCUCUUCCCCAUCCCAUCCCCCUGUCCUGCUGUCCUCUUCCCCGUCCCAUAAGGCCUGGUUUAAGGUAGAGCACUAUCCUGUACAUGCAUACUUUGUGUCUGUAGAUAAUUGA